UUGUGACUCCGAAGGCAUGUAGUCUGUCUGUCUGUGAACCGUGAAACGGUUGGAGUUUGUAUGGGAACAAACGACUGCCAUUAAAUAACGAGGAUAUUUUAUCGUUUUUAGGCUGUAACACAGUCGGGUUGUUCGGUUUUUAUUAGAGAGCCUCUCACAAACCAUCCGAACCUAGAGCCUACUCUUUCUUUAAUUUAUUCGUAGUGAGCCUGUCUAUUAUGUGUGACGUUAUAUGACGGUUUAUUUAACAACUAUUUUACACUCGUACCCAAUGAACUAGCCCUUCAAAGCGAUAAUAAAACGUCGGAGAAGAUGUCAGAGAAGAGAUACUCCAGCAUGGAUGAGUCCUCGCUCCGAAAUCUGCUCGAUAAAACUAUCGAUAUAGACGAGCGGCGUCUGAUCCGGACAGCGAUUCGGGAGCUGCGGCGCUGUGAGAUUGAAGAAAUGGAGGCGGCGCUAACCAGUAAACGCUUCAGACGUGCCCACCAGCACAGACAUGAGGAUAAAGAAAACCAGUGCUGUCCUGCUGAUUUGACGGCUUCUUUAGACAUGCUAUCGGGGAAGAUUCAGGCUAUACAUGACAUUGAAGAACUUAAUGGACUGUUGCAAAGCACCAGUGAAUAUGAAGAGAGAAAACUCAUUCGGGCAGCCAUUCGCCGGCUGAGAGAUGAGGAGAUACGAGGAGCAUUAGAGAAGGUUCAGACCGCUGGCCAAAGAACAGAGCGACGACAAAAUCCUCAAAGCAGCUUUGACCUGCAGGGCGGACAGGAUAACAUCAAGGCAGAAGAGCUCAUCAGCCAAUCAGAGAGAGUUGAGAACCACAGAGAAGGCUCGAACCCCGACAUGGUUUUAGUACUAGAUCCUUUGGUCAGAGAGAAAGUCUCUUGCCCUUUGACCCAACGGAUUCAAUGUGAACAUGGCUCGCCCUCAUCAGAAGUCAUUCCUUCAUACCGGGAGCGCUGCGACUCCGGAGAGUCGAGUGACAGCCACAGCUCUCAUCAGAGAACGAGACUGAACUCCAGCGCUUCGGAUCGCAGUCAUGAAUCCCUGUCUUCUGCCGAAGAUCGUCUGAGGAGCCGAACAUCACGGCCAGAAGAAGUGAGAGCGAGUGCAUCUUCGUCUGCCGUGAUUUCAGAGGCUCCUCGGAUGAAUCGAGAGCUGAAGAAUCUUGACAAUGGCGUGGAGACGACAACAAGUUCACAAGAAUUCACUGUGAACAUGAGCAGUAAAAGACCUGAAGAAGUCGCGGCACAGAAGGUUACAUCAGGUCGAGACGAUCUCUUGACUUCUCUUUCUAACGGGAAGGAUACAGAUUUUAAAAACAAAGCCUCAUACUCGGGUCCCUUCAUUCGUGCAAACUCUGUUCGUGACCGAAUGCGCAAGUUUGCAGAACCUGUUACGAAUAGACCUAGAAGUGGCCACAGUUCCUCUCACACUACAAACACAGUGUCUGCAGAGAGAUCCCGGGACACGCUGUCCUGCUCUUCCUCCAUCCCAGAGAAUGGGAGGAAUGCCUCUGAGAAUAUGCUAGCCCAGCCCAAGCUUUCCUCCAACCAAUCACACGCCGCAGUGGGCGGCUCACAGGGUCGCACUGAAAAUGUCAGGCGUGCGUGUGGCGGUUCAAAAGAAGUGCAGACUCCUGAGGGAGAAGCGUCUUCAGGGAUCCACGAUACCUGGGGUGAACCCGAGUCCAACAUGAAGACCUUCCUCAGCAUUGAGAUCAAAGAUGGCCGAAACCCAACUUCACAUUCUUCAUUGUCAUCGUCCUCUACAGCUGGAAACAUGACUCCUCGAAUCAUCACAUCUGCUGCUCCAAAGAAAACAGAGCUGACUCUUGGUUUAAGAGCGUCACCGUUCAAAGUUACCAGCUCAAGUCUCUCAUCUGGAUCCUCUGUUAAGAUGGAGACGGAUCCCAUUUCUCUUGUGGGUGAAUCUGUGAGUGGGAUGGCUCAUGAAGUCCUGGUGCUUCCUAACGGCUCAUCCAUGACCUCUAUCAAAAGAGAGGAACAAAGUGAGAAGCUGACCUCAGAGAAGCUGCAGGACAUCGAGGACGAGGAGAUCCUGGACAAAAUGCUUGAUGAUUGCAAAGAUUUUGAAGAAAGGAAAAUGAUCAGGACUGCGAUGAGAGAACUGCGCAAGAAAAAGCGAGAGGCUAAGCUGGGAUGCACACAGGAGGAAAUGGACCAGAGAGAGAGGGAGAGAGAUGUGCGUCUGCAGGAGCUCAGACAGCAGCGAUCUCAGAAAGGUCGCGGAGGUGCCGACACCAGUGAAGUGGUCAUGAAGAAGAUUGAGCGGUCCACAGACGGAUCCACCACCAGCCAGAUCACCAAUCGGGUUUCCCAUUCAGAUGAUACCGGCAGGACGUCCCGCAGCACUAUCAUGGAAUCCAGCUAUCUUCAAAAGACGGACAGGGGCUCAGUGCAAACUAAAUCCUACAGUUACUCCAGCACAACGUCCACAAGGAAGGUCGGAAGUGUUUUUGACCGUGAGGACAACACGUCUCGUAGCUCAAGUAGAUCGUCAGCUGUUGAGCGCAGACAGACAGAGAAAUCAGAGCUGAUGAGGGCUCAGACGUUACCCAAGACAUCCGCCGCACAGGCUCGGAAAGCCAUGAUCGAGAAGCUUGAGAACACUGGAGGCUCUGGAGGCAACUCGACAAUUGCUCAAGUAAACAAGGUCCAGCGCUCCACAAGCUUCGGUGUCCCCAACGCAAACUCCAUCAAACAGAUGCUGCUGGACUGGUGUCGAUCCAAGACACGUUCCUAUGAGAACGUGGACAUCCAGAACUUCUCCUCCAGCUGGAGUGACGGGAUGGCGUUCUGCGCUCUGGUGCACAACUUCUUCCCCGAGGCCUUCGACUACUCCAGCCUCAGUCCCAGCAACCGCAGGCAGAACUUCGAGAUGGCCUUCAACACAGCAGAGAAGCUGGCCGACUGUCCGCAGCUUUUGGAUGUGGAGGAUAUGGUGCGGAUGCGGGAGCCGGACUGGAAGUGCGUGUACACGUACCUCCAGGAGUUCUACAGGGGAUUGGUGCUGAAGGGCUUGGUCAAAACCAAAAACUCCUCCUAGGGUCAAAACUCAGAGCACAACGGGCCUAUGCUAACUGCAUGCCCCUGGUGGAGGUGGAGGACAUGAUGAUAAUGGGUAAGAAACCCGACUCCAAGUGUGUGUUCACGUACGUGCAGUCGCUGGUUAACCAUCUGCGCAGGUAUGAGAUGAUGCUGGCCCGAGCUCAGCAGAGCACUGACUUCUGAAGUCCUGUUACAUUUCAACCGUUCACAUCGUUUACUUCACACACACAUCCAAACACUCCCCCCGUAACAAGACGUUGGGUGUUUUUGUUUUUUUGUUUUAAACGAACGGUAGUAUGAUCCAAAAAAAGGUUAAAUGUACCUAAAUGUUUUAUUGAUGGAAAAAGAAAAUUGCAAGGUGUUGAGCAAUGUGUUGACGUGUAACUACUUGACUUCACGUGUUUAAAACGAAACAUUAUUUUAUGUUGAUUGCCCAUAUCUGUGGUUUUAAACGCUUUUAAACCUGUUCCACGGUACUCAGACCUGCAUGCUUUUUCACAAGUUUACUUGAAGUUUUAGAAAAAAAAUCAUCUGUAUACGAUAUUGUGUUUAUUUAAAAACGUUGCAAGAACAUUAAUCUCACGGCUUGUUAUGGCUUCAGCCAUUUUAGUGCGAGAUUUAACUGUUUUUCACUCGAAUUAGUGAUGUUUUGUAAUUGAACAUAGACCCGGAGGUGUCAGACAUUAGUCCUUGUUCCUUGUAUUUUGCAUAAACGCACUUAUGUGUGUAUUUAUGGAUGAGUAUACUUUGUUCAUAUUCCUGAACUUCAUUUGAAAGCAGAGAUGUCUGUCCCUAAAACUGUUUCGCAUAUUUUUAUAAAUUUUUACCACACGGCUUUCAGACGAUAAAGAAGUGUGAUUUAAACGGUGUAUGUAUGUCUGAGUAGCCCUAGAGAGUCAAUUUGAGAAUAAUAAUAAUGUAUUGGUAGUAAAUUUAUCUGAAAUGGUCAAUGAUGUUUAUAUAUUUGGUUCUAAAGAUGGAUUUAGUUGAAAUAGUUUUAAUGACUGCACAUAAUUUAAUGACACAAACAUGGACUUUUGAAGAUACUACUGCAGAAACCACACCAGAGGACUGACUUCGCUUGGUACUUGAAGGCUGCAUGAGUAGAUCAAAUUAGCAUUCAUUCACAAUUAAUGGUGAACUUAAUUGUUUGUACACUUAUUCAAAAACUACUGUUCACUCUGUAUUUCUUACACUAUGGUUUCUUAUAGUAAUCAUUAAAACCAUAAAUGAUACCCAAAAA